GUGAGUGUGGCCGGGCGAGGGCGGUGGUGACCGCGAGCGCUCCCGGGCGCGCGCCGCCGGCCGUUCCCUGUAACCCCAGAGCUGCCCCGGCCCCCGCCCCGCGGCCGACAGCAUCUCCCGCCCCGGCGUCCCCCGGCGGGCCCUGUCCCCACUCUCGGAGCCCCCUCGAAGUGCCCCGUUCCCCCCUCGGGGUUUCCCGAUGGGCCGCAAGCCCCGACCCGUGCGGUCCCCCAGCCCGGCGCCUGCCGUCCGCCGCCCUGGCCCGCCUUGUUCCUUGCCGGGCCCCCGCCCGGCCCGAGGCUCCUCCUCCGCGGUCUGAGGGCUCGGGGGAACCCUGGGGCCUCUUCCCAGGUCGUCCCGAGGGGCUCUUGUGGGGCCCUCCUGGCCCGCCGACUCGAGGCCCCUUCCCGUCCCGGCCCCUCCCCGCCGCGCCGACGGUCACCAGCUCGCCAGACUCGGCGCAGCCCGCAGCGUGGGCCGGGCCUUGGCCUCGCCUCUGGUGCAGGCUGUUGCCCCCGCGCCGCCCGGUUCCCGCGGCCCCUGCGGGGAGCGCUCAGUGCCCGGCGCCGCCUGUGUCCGUCGUGGCCCGCGCCGCGCGCCUCCCGUGCUUCCUCUCGCUUCAGCGGCUCCGAAGCGCCAGUCCCACGGCGCCGGCCUCCGCCUUUUCGCUUCUGACGCUCCGCGGCCAGACUCCGUUCCUCUUCCCUGGAGGCCUUGAUCCGCGUCUGACACCGAAGACUUGAAAUAAAUGCGCCUGUUUCUGUGCCUCGAAGGGUCUUGGACUGCACUCUGACAACUGUUGCUGCUUGUGUGCACCAGUGUGACUCACACUGGGAAGCCCAGGGUUCCAGGUGAUGGCGGCUUUGCACCUGUCUGCCCUGCCCCAGGCCGAGGUGACCUUUGAGGACGUGGCCGUGCUGUUCUCCCGGGAGGAGUGGGGUCGUCUGGGCCCUGCUCAGAGGGGCCUCUAUAGGGACGUGAUGCUGGAGACCUACAGGAACCUGGUCUCCCUGGGAGCUGGACCUGCAGGUCCCAAGCCUGGGGUGAUCACACAGUUGGAACGAGGGGAUGAGCCGUGGGUCCUGGAUGCACAGGGCGCCGAGGGGGAAGAGCGACUGAGAGUCAGUGCCUCAGGUCAUGGGACCAGGACUGAAUACAAAGAGUUGUCUUCAGGGGAGAUGCUUGAUGGGGAAGAGUUGGAUCAGCUCCGGAGGGCUGUUCUCCAAGGACCUGAUCCUGGAGAGACCCACGCAUGUGUCUGGGAGCCAGAGGAGAGCCUGGGCAAGCUUGUAGAGCAGAGAGGCCUGAGGCCAGUCACACUGGCCAACGAGGAGAACAUGCAGGAGUCUGGGGGAAGCCUCAGGUUUUGGUCAAGCCCUUUCCCUGAUCAGAGACCUCACAAAUGCGAUAUAUGUGAGCAAAGUUUUGAACAGAGAUCAUACCUCAAUAACCAUAAACGUGUACACAGGUCAAAAAAGACAAAUAUAGUCCGUGAUUCUGGGGAAUUCUUCAGUGCAAAUUUAGUUGUUAGAGACGAUCAGAAAAUUCCUCUUGGGAAAAAACUGCAUUAUUGUGGUUACUGUGGGAAAGCCUUCAGGUACAGUGCUAACCUUGUCAAACACCAGCGGCUUCACAGUGAAGAGAAGCCCUACAAGUGUGACGAGUGUGGGAAAGCUUUCAGUCAGAGCUGCGAGUUCAUCAGUCACCGAAGGAUGCACUCUGGGGAGAUCCCCUACCGAUGCGCUGAGUGUGGGAAGACAUUCAACCAGAGGCCCAACCUCAUGAAACAUCAGAGGAUUCACACCGGGGAGAAGCCCUAUAAGUGUGGUGAUUGUGGGAAACACUUCAGCGCCUAUUCUUCCCUUAUUUAUCACCAGAGAAUCCACACUGGAGAGAAACCCUAUAAGUGUGACGACUGUGGGAAAGCCUUCAGUGACGGCUCGAUCCUUAUCCGACAUCGUCGGACCCACACUGGGGAGAAGCCGUUUGAAUGUAAAGAAUGUGGCAAAGGUUUCACUCAAAGCUCUAACCUUAUCCAGCAUCAAAGAAUUCACACUGGGGAGAAACCCUAUAAAUGCAAUGAAUGUGAGAAAGCCUUCAUCCAAAAAACCAAACUUGUGGAGCAUCAGAGAAGCCACACCGGCGAGAAGCCCUACGAAUGUAAUGACUGUGGCAAAGUGUUCAGCCAGAGCACACACCUCAUCCAGCACCAGAGGAUCCACACCGGGGAGAAGCCGUACAAGUGCAGUGAGUGUGGGAAGGCCUUCCACAACAGUUCCAGACUCAUCCACCACCAAAGGUCGCACCACGGAGAGAAGCCGUACAAGUGCAGCGACUGCAAGAAGGCCUUCAGCCAGGGCACGUACCUCGUCCAGCACCGGAGGAUCCACACGGGCGAGAAGCCGUACAAGUGCGGCAAGUGUGGGAAGGCCUUCCGGCACAGCUCCAACAUGUGCCAGCACCAGAGGAUCCACCUCCGCGAGGACCUGGCGCGCUGACCGCGGACCACGGCCCGGGGGUUCCGCCAGCGCCGCCCCCGCGCGUCCCGCCCCUUCACGC